UUAAGCUGCUUUCAUUCUCUGCCUCCAACCUGGGAAGUACUGGCUGUCCGAGUACUUUGCUGGGUGUCUGGAGUGCCAGCGAGCUGGGGCUAGCAAGGAUUCAGAACUCUGAGACCGGGAGCAGCAUGGCAGGGACACUGUCUGCACUGCAGAAGACAGAAUCUGAACUGAAGGUAUUUUGCUCUAAAAACAUACUGAGCAUCCUUGGUUUCUCCUGCAUCAUCGCUGUGAUAGCAUUGCUCGCUCUGGGGCUGACCCAGAACAAAGCACUGCCAGAAAAUGUUAAGUUUGGGAUUGUGCUGGAUGCGGGCUCCUCUCACACGAGUUUGUACAUCUAUAGAUGGCCGGCAGAAAAGGAGAAUGACACGGGGGUGGUGACUCAGAUAGAAGAAUGCAAGCUAAAAGGUCCCGGAAUCUCAGGCUUUGCUAAGAAAUUACACGAAAUCAAUGUUUAUCUGACCGCGUGCAUGGAAAGAGCCAGGAAGGUGAUCCCAUCAGCCCAGCACCCAGAAACUCCUGUCUACCUGGGCGCCACGGCCGGCAUGCGGUUGCUCAGGAUGGAAAAUCAACAGAUGGCAGACAAGAUCCUGGAUGCGGUUGCAAACAGCAUCAGCAAGUACCCCUUUGACUUCCAAGGUGCCAGAAUCAUCAGUGGCCAGGAGGAAGGUGCCUAUGGCUGGAUUACUGUUAACUAUUUGCUGGGCAAAUUCACUCAGAAAUUGAGUUGGUUUAACCUGAAGCCAAGCAAAGAUGAUACUCAGGAAACCUAUGGAGCUUUAGACCUUGGGGGAGCCUCUACACAAAUCACUUUUGUGCCCCAAAAUGAAAUGACCGAGUCUCCAAACAACAACCUGUACUUUCGCCUCUAUGGCAAGAACUACAGUGUGUACACACACAGCUUCCUGUGCUAUGGGAAGGACCAAGCCCUCUUGCAGAAACUGGCCCUGGAACUUCAGGGUGCAAGUGGAAUCGUCUAUGAGCCCUGCUUUCACUCUGGAUACUUGAGGAAAAUGAAGAUGAGUGUCUUCAACGAAGGUUUCUGUGCCAGGAGACAUGUGUCGAAUCCUUCAUAUUAUCCAUUAUUUGACAUUGAAGUCCGUGGCACUGGAAACUUCCAACAAUGCCAACAAGGCAUCAUUCAACUCUUUAACUCAAGUUACUGCCCUUACUCCAGUUGCUCCUUCAAUGGGGUUUUCUUGCCACCACUCCAAGGGCAGUUUGGGGCAUUUUCAGCUUUUUACUAUGUGAUGGAGUUUUUAAACCUUACAUCACAGGAACAAAUACCUACGAAAAAGUUGACUGAGAAGUUGGAAGAGUUCUGCGCUCAGAGUUGGAAAGAGGUGCAUAUGAAUUUUGGCGACGUGAAGGAGGCAUACCUGAGUGAAUACUGCUUUUCUGGCACCUACAUCCUGGCUCUCCUCCUGAACGGCUACCAUUUUACAGAUGAGUCCUGGAAAAAUAUUCACUUCAUGAACAAGAUGUCAGAAGACACAGAUAACACUGCAGGAGAAGAAAAUGUAGAGAAGCAUCUCCAAAAAGAUUUGAAUGUAGAAGAAAAUCGAAGCAUAAUAAAAACUCUGAGAGGCAAAGUAAGAGAAAAGCUAAAAAAUGCCAAGAUUAAUCAAGGUGAAAAAUCAUCAACUCAACUGCUCAUUGAUAAUAAGAUAUAUCAGUGGUCUAAGGCUGAAGUUCCACUGGAUGAAGGUCUUUCAUUUUUCGUUCUGAGUGGUGAAGAAGACUCAGCUAUAGGCCAGUCUGCAGAGCAGAGAUCAGUAAAUGGUAGUUACCACAAACAUUUUUCACUUGAUGAUGAUUUACAGAACUUUUCUGAGGGCCAAGAUGAAGAUUUUGUGGAAGAAGUCAUUUUCCCAGAUUUACUUGAAGUAAAGGCUGCUGAUUAUGAAGAUGACCAAGAACAAAUAAAAAAACAACAGGCAAAUAUUUUUAUUCCAAGUAGUUCUCCAGUGAUCAACCAGCUUAAACUGCCAGAAGAUAUGAUGCCACGCAUUUUAGAAGAAGAAGGAUUCUAUAUUCAGAAAAAGCCAGAAAUAUAUAAAAAGACCUGCAACAAAAUGGAAAAUCGCCUGCUUAAACUAGAAGAGGGAAAGUGUUGGUUUGAAGAAAGUGGAGAAAUAAUGUCAUUACCUUCACCUAUUAGGCGGUCAUGGAAUUUCAGACUAAACAUAAGCAAGGAACCUUUAAAUCCAGCCCUGAAGACCAUGUAUAGAAAGCUUAAAGCACUGAUGGAUGCUACCAAAUUAGCAAAUGAAAAUUCGGAAUUAAGCCAGCUGACCAGAAAAUCUUUGCAGGAUUAUUAUUGGCAGAUAAGUAAUACAAAACAACUCUAUGAAUUAGAAAAGGAAAAGGACUUUUCCCUACUACACAGUAUAUUACAGACUUGGAAACAGAUAAAAUCCCUUCGACAACGACAAGGGUUUACAAGCACUUCAGUAAAGUUACAGUUUCAGAGGUUGAAAAUGAAUAAAUGUGAUGAACAAAAACAAGAAUUGUCAAAAAUGUGGGGGACUGAGAAGAAUACUGAAGGAAAAGCAUUUAAGAACAGGAAGAAACAGGAGGUUUAUGAAAUAAGUAAAAGGACAUGCUUAUUGGCAAAACUAUAUUUACCCUUACCUAACAGCACAGAAUUGAAAAGCAAAACUAUUUUGGAAUAUCUAGAAUUUAGCUCUGAUAAACUGGUCAUACCUGCAUAUGGAGAAGUAGGAAGCAAUGUGUCCUUUCUUCUUGAGGAAAGUGGAACUGAAGAACUUUGUCUUUUGACGUCAGGAAAACUAAGCUAUUCUUUAUCAUGGGCCUUAGAUGAAAAUGGUGUUCCUCUGACACCUGUGUCACAGUCAUUACAAUCUGCUUUCUGCAGUGUGUUAAGGAAUGUAGAUGCAAGAGGUGUUCCUGAAAUUCCAUGGCUUAUUAAUGCACAGAAGCUUUUUGAGUGGGCCAAUGAGGUCAGAAUUGACCCAAAUAACCCAGAAUGUUCUGACUUAAUGGAAUUUAUUAUGUACAUAAAACAUAAAGGACAGGAUAUUCCAAAGUAUUUUCGUCUUGAACAGUUGCAAGAUGAAUUUAACUUUGUUUCUGAAGAGGAAAUGAAAAAGAGUAAACGUUUCCAGCUGUUGCAACUUAGAAAUGCUGGUCAAUUAGAUGUUUUCCUUCUGCAGCAAAUGCCCCUUUAUGACAGAGAGAUUCCAGAUUUAGUCUUCCAGGAAUAUGAAAGUCAGAUAGGAAAGGAUGUGUCCAUUUCAGAUGUGAAUUCUAUUACUGCACAAAGGAUUAAUUCUGCCAAUUUUCUGCAAAAGAUGAGAAGGUUGGUAAUGAGAAGAAUUGUCAAAGUUAGCAAAUUUAACUUAUCAGAUAUUGUGGCUGAUUAUGAAGAAAUUGUAUCUGCAAGCCAGUUGACAUAUGCAGUUUGUAAGCUUCUUGAACAACGAAGAAAGUUAAAGCCUCAGAGGAAAGAAAGGAAAAAAGUGGCAGCACAGACUGUCUGUGAUAGAGAUAUUAAGAUUCUUAUCAGAAUACUGAGAGCUUAUAAUAUUCCUACAAGGAAAACAACAGUUAAUAGGUCCUUGGGUAUGCCUACUUAUUUAAUAUCAUCCAUGUCUCACCUCAGACAUAAAGAAACAAUCAAAUCAUUAGCCUCAGAUGAAAUCUUAAAUAAGGAUACUGUACACCCCUUUGUGGAAGUUUCCUUUCAGCACACUGUAUACCAAACCAGCAUUGCCAGUGGAUCUCAUCCAUGCUGGAAUGAAGAAAUUAAAGUAGAUUUUAUCUUACCAGGACAUGAUUGUAACUUCUCAAGUUUAUCUAAAAUAAAAGAUAAUAUAUAUAUCAACAUUUUUGAUGAAAUGAUUAUUGAAAAGCAUGAGGAUCACUGUUUCAGGAGCUGCAGUGGUCAUUCAUAUGUAAGAAAGAAUUGGCUUGGAUCCAUUGUCUUCCCUUUCUCUGCUCUCCUACAACAAUCUGAGAUUAGUGGAACAUUUCAAGUAAAUAUUCCACCUGUUUUGCUUGGGUAUACUUGGAGUAAGACUUAUGUGUCUCCUAAAGAAGAUUAUAAUGGACAGAAUUUAAAAGAGUGUACCUUCUUAAAUAUUUUUGCUACUAUUGAACCUCAAAUAUCAUAUGCCAUCUGUAGUCCAGAACUAGACAAGUUUUCAGAUCAAAUAGAUGUUUUGGAGAGAGCAUGGAUUUUUACAAAAAAUUGUAAGGCAUUAUUUCCUAAACGAAGAAUCAUCACUACUGUUUUUAAUGAUGAAGGGAUACAGAUCUUAGUAAUAAGAUACAUCAAGGCAUUGAAUCCACCUCAACAACUCCUGGAUAUGUUUCUUCAUUAUUCUAAUGCGACACUUGACCUUGUUGCUCACUUUGUAUCUUUGAUUCCUGUUAUGCCUGAUGCAUUGGAUGAAAAUGAUGGUUUUAAUAUAUGGAUGACAUCAGAGCGCUGCAUCAGUUUGGCUAUUGGAAAUAAGGAGGAGCAUGCCAUACUUCUCUGUAAUUUCUUCCUGUAUUUUGGAAAGAAAGCUUUGGUCCUUCUAGGAACCUCAGUGUUGGAAGGGCAUGUGGCGUAUGUAUUAACUCAGGAAACUGAUGAAUAUUUGCUUUGGAAUCCAUUAACUGGACAGUGUCAUAAGCAGUUUGACCCAUUUUGUCCGUUACAAGGUGUAGAUUGUUUGUUUGAUGGUGAAAACGUCUGGUUUAAUCUGCAGCAGAAUAAUUCACCAAUGGCUGUGUAUUUUGACUAUUCAAAGGAAAGUUUCUGGAAACAGUUGCUUCCAAAAAAUUAUCAAGGAACAAACACACAAAGCGUUCAGCCUGAAGAAAUAAUUUAUUCUGAUACUAAUAAGAGCAUGGUAGAAGAUCUAAAGAACAGGAUUGAAAGAACUCUGAAGUGUAAAAUAAUGGAAUGGCGGCCUAAGCAGCCAACACGUUGGAAUAGACAGUGUACUUUGAUUUUACGACAGAUUCUUCCUAAGUUAGAACUUGGUACUGCAAGCUUUGUUUUGUCUGAAGAAGAGAGUGAAUUUGAAAGACUACUACAAUUUUAUUGGGUCACAGGAUUUCCUAUCCAGAUGCCAUACACUGAUGUCCAGUCAGUUAUUGAUGCUGUGUAUCAAACUGGAAUUCAUUGUUCUGAAUUUCCACAGACAGAAUUUGCUCUAGCUGUGUACAUUCACCCCUACCCAAACAACAUAUUAUCUGUGUGGGUCUAUUUGGCUUCAUUAGCUCGACAUCAGUGAAAAGGAAAAAGAUAGAAGGAGAAGAUGGUACAUGGGCCCCCAACCAAAAGACAGACUUUUCUGGUACUUGGGAUUUUUCUGUUUAUCCUCAAGUCCAGACAAGCGUGAGCCCAAUUUUUGGCUCACUUAUAGAGUAAGGCACAAGACUCACUGCCUGAGUUUCUGGGGACAAGUAUAAAUGACCUCCUCAUCAGAGGCCUCAUCAAGGAGGACCCUUCGGAAAGUCUGGCGCCUGGGAUCACUGUCUACAGUAGGUUUUAUUCUAGGAAAGAAGCAAUUCUGGCCUCUCUCCACAGCCAGUGUUGCUCUAAUUGGGGGCCCCCAUCACCUCCAUCAAAAUCACUUGGAAAGCCCUAUUGAAAAUACAGGUUCCCACAUCCCAUCCAGGACCUACUGAAUCAGGAUCUCUGAGAGUACAGCUCCAGAACCUACAUUAUUUAAAAAAAGCUUCCCAGGCAAUUCUGUUAACCAGUUAAGAAUGAGAACCCUGCCUUACAGAAUGCUGUCAUUACUAAAAUGAGGCUGAUAACUUUGAUGACGGUUCUGAUGGAAUUCCAGGCAGGAGUUAUUCAAAUAGAAACCCAUGAGAUAAAAGAUUAUUUCACUGAAGAAUAAGAAGGAAAUAUGCCAUUUUGGGUUAAGAACAGCUUCUGUGGGCUUCUUAAAAGUUUUCUCUUUAGAUACUACUGAUCUAAAGUCAUUUCACCUCCAAGUAUUUAGACGGGACUCUCAGGAAAUACUACCUAAAUUUUUUCCUAGUUCUGUGAGAAAGGGAGAUAAAUGUCUUACCUGAAUCUCAGAGGCCUCUUUAUCUUAAUGAGCAGCUCCCCAUUCUGCCUCUGGCACUUUCUGCUGCUUUUCUUUCACAAUGGUGCCCCAAGGACACCCAUCCAGGGCCUCAAGAAAGAGUGGGUAGGGAUCUAAGUAGAAAAUACUGUACUUUAUUAUAUUUGAUUGUUCUGUACUUCAUUGAGCAAAGUCUUCAAAUAGUUUAUUUAAAUGUUACAUAACAACUUAUUUUUUAAUCAAAGGAUAGAUUUCCAAAAGUCUAUGAGAGCAAUUUUAUAUGAGGUUAAAGUAAGAAAAAGAAGAUUCACUUCUCCCACUGUAGUAGCACUGGGGUUCCUUGAAUCACUCCCAGAGAAGCAGAGAGCAAAAACCCCAAAUUCAUCCUCAGGGAACCCUCAGCCUAAAUCCCCUCUCUGAAUAUACCUGCAGAGGCCAGAGAAGACCUCAUUUAUUUUCAGGAUGUUAGUCUCAGACCAAACUCAAGAUUACUAGAAAGAAAGGGUAUGUAGGUAAAGAGAAUGUUUUUUCUGCAAGGUUAAAACUUUGUUAUAUAUGUCUUCUGGCAUGCAUCAGAAAAAUGAUCAGAAUUGUUUUUAUUUGAAUGUUUUUGUUUAAACAUUCAUUAUUAACAUUCAUUAAACAUAUAAACAUUCAUUAUUUGAAUGUUGUGUUUAAAUGCUGUAGGAGGCUUUGUUAUUAACAAGUUUCCCACAUCAAUUGGAGUAGCACAAAAUGAUAUCUGUGGAAAGACAAGUUUGCCAAAUAAAGGCUGCACUCAUACAAUUCA